UAAUUCAUAGACAUUUCCUUGUAUCUAUCUUAUUUACUAGCAAGUCUAAUCUAUAUUCUCUCAACUAUAUUCUGAACUAUAUUCUCAAAAUACUAAGGAAAUAAAAUUACUUCAAUACCGAAAUUAUGAACAACCGGUUCGCCCAUUUGGAUCUGGAGGCGCUAUAUGGAAUCCCCCUGCUCUGCCCGGUGGAAAAGUGCCAGUCGCAAAUGGCUCCCCUCGAGAUGCUGGCCCAUCUGCUGAUGCGGCACAAUCCGCAGGAUUCGAUGACCGAGAUCGCAGCAGAUGUGCCCACAACGUACGAGGUGGAGCUGGAGAAGUUGACGCCGGGGAGGAAUCACCCGGUGGGUGUGAUUGCCUACGGGGGAACCCCGAGGAAGGGGGUCAGCUGUGCGGUUACUACAGAUCUGCAGAUUGUCCACCAUCUGCCCAUUAUUCUCAUGCUGUACGUCAGCCCACCCAUGCUGAAUAUGGAACAGGCCUACAUAUUCUACAUGGUGAGCCCGGUGGCCUCCCGGCAAGUGAAUGCCCAUCUGUCGAUCCUCGAUGGCUCCCAAUCGAACGAAACCCAUGGCCUGCGCUGCCUGCGGAAUGCCCUGGACAGUCCCUUGAAGGACGGCGAGGAUCUGGUCUAUUGCAACAUGGACUAUCUACUGUACACGGACGUCGAUAUCCGGCAGCUUUGCCCCCCGGGAAAGCCGCAAAGGAUCUUCGCCAAGAUCACACUCCACGGCGAGCCCGACAUCUUCGAAGUGAGCACCCAGCAAGGGCCGGUCGACUAGGUGACUCAUUGGGCUCGAUAAACACUUAAGUGCUGCGCCGCCAAUUGACGCACACUUGAAAUACGAGUGGCUGUCAAUAAUAUUCUUUCCUCAAAGAACUGUCAGAAAAUUUGGUUUCCCCCA